AGAUUCUCUUCUUUUUUUCUACAGAUUCUGGACGAGAUCAGCCGGGAAUCUGCGAGAUCAGCCGGGAAUCUGCGAGAUCAGCCGGGAAUCUGCGAGAUCAUUUUGUCUGGGCGACGGUUCUCUGAUCGUCUGCUGAUGUGAUUCACGUGAGGACCGUUGAGCAGGUGUACAAAGAGUUGGCGGUGUCUGUAAACCUAACCCUACCCUUACUCCUAAUCCUACCCCUAACCCUACCCCUACACCUACCCCUAACCCUACCCCUACCCCUACCCCUACCCCUACCCCUAACCCAGGACGUAGGUAGCCAUCAGGAGUUGUCUGUGACAGGAAAGUUUCCCGUCAGUCCUUGUGGCUGGAGGGGAGAGAGGAAGUCUUGACUCACGGCCGUCACCAGCCCUUACAACAAGAGGAAGUCUUGACUCACGGCCGUCACCAGCCCUUACAACAAGAGGAAGUCUUGACUCACGGCCGUCACCGGCCCUUACAACAAGAGGAAGUCUUGACUCACGGCCGUCACCAGCCCUUACAACAAGAGGAAGUCUUGACUCACGGCCGUCACCAGCCCUUACAACAAGAGGAAGUCUUGACUCACGGCCAUCACCAGCCCUUACAACAAGAGGGAGUCUUGACUCACGGCCGUCACCGGCGCUUGCAACAAGAGGAGAGCUUGACCCAGUUUUGUCCGUUAGGAUUCCUCGUGGAUUGUAUUUCUACAUCUCUGAGUCGGAAAUAAAACCGGCAUUGAAAGAAGACAACACAGGUUGGCUGAAGGAACAGAUCCCUGGUUACGUCAGGUGCUGUGUGUGCUAUUGUUUGUAUCUGUUGUGACGUGGGGAGGUUCAUGGAUGUGCCCAGAAGUUAGAGCGGUGGGAGAGAUUUCAAACCCCGUGAUUUGUGAUUAGCUGGAUCCACACGGUGUCGCCACGUGUACUGUUGGAAUCUCUACGGCCAGUUCAGCUUAAGCCGAAUCGCUGGUGGGUGUCACGACUCGCAGACACUUGUGUUCCCGCUCUGCGCCAGCUCUUGCCUCAUCCCCCACACUCCACACUCCAGGGGCGGGGAUUCACAACGACCACAGGGAGAAGUUUAUGUGACAGGAUGCUCAUUGCUUUGACAACAGACGCCUGGCCUGGAAAUUGAUGACGUGACAUAAUUCCUAGUUGUGAAGAACGACAGGACAACUGUGUGAACACUGCUUUGAUUACCUGCAGUGACUGAUUACCUGCACUGACUACCGAAGACCGACCGUCUAACAGAUCCGAUCACGGGAGGUGACCCCGUGGUACUGUGUGUUCAUCAGUUGUGUCUGUGUACAGAAUCUGCUCCAGUUGUUUCCCCUUGGAAGUGGUGCAGGUCCCGGCGUCUGGAUGUGCAAGGCCGGGCAGUAGCGGGCGCGUAUGGCGAGGGGGCAGAGAUUGACAGGACGAGUUCACACCUGGCUGUCAGCCAUGAUCAACGCGUCCGUGCUUCAGCUGAUCCUUGUGGUCACAGCACUGGCCGAGAAGUGCACCAGAGCUGUCCCUCCGGGGAGACGGACGAUCCUGUACACCAAGGACCACAGAUUCUCUCGCCAGCUGGCUCUGUCUGUCAUGCCAGUCCGGGGAGACGGACGAUCCUGUACACCAAGGACCACAGACUCUCUCGCCAGCUGGCUCUGUCUGUCAUGCCUGUCCGGGGAGACGGACGAUCCUGUACACCAAGGACCAGUGACUCUCUCGCCAGCUGGCUCUGUCUGUCAUGCCAGUCCGGGGAGACGGACGAUCCUGUACACCAAGGACCACAGACUCUCUCGCCAGCUGGCUCUGUCUGUCAUGCCUGUCCGGGGAGACGGACGAUCCUGUACACCAAGGACCAUAGACUCUCUCGCCAGCUGGCUCUGUCUGUCAUGCCAGUCCGGGGAGACGGACGAUCCUGUACACCAAGGACCACAGACUCUCUCGCCAGCUGGCUCUGUCUGUCAUGCCUGUCCGGGGAGACGGACGAUCCUGUACACCAAGGACCAGUGACUCUCUCGCCAGCUGGCUCUGUCUGUCAUGCCAGUCCGGGGAGACGGACGAUCCUGUACACCAAGGACCACAGACUCUCUCGCCAGCUGGCUCUGUCUGUCAUGCCAGUCCGGGGAGACGGACGAUCCUGUACACCAAGGACCACAGACUCUCCCGCCAGCUGGCUCUGUCUGUCACGCCAUAUUGUGUCUGACAUAGGGUGGUUCCCCCCCCCCCC